GGCCAUGUUCCGCUUCGCGGCCCUGUGCUUCAGUCCAAGGCCCCACCCCCCGGCUUUCUACCGGCAGUGCAGUGCAGUGCAGUGCACACAAGAAAAUCACAGCACCUCCCACCACCAUCUUCUCCACUCCGAACCACGCCAUCGGGCCCCCGUACCGGAGUUCGAGUGUUCAUUGCGCUGCCAUUCGUUAGUCCGACUCAAACGUCCGGCUUCUGCAAUCUGCAUUGAGACUGCAGGCCGGCCUGGCUGUGCUGUUGAAUCGCAAACAGACUAAGGCACACUCUGCGCAGUCAAAGACAAUGCUGCUGCCUAGCAAAGGAGCGAGACAGUGUCUCCGAAUCCACGGCGACCGAUUGAAUCUGCUCUUUGGGUUUGGGGGAACCACCGGACCUGGAUCUCGCCGCCUCGUUUACUGCAUAUCCCUGGUCGAGCAUUGGUCAUACUUUCCAUUCUCGUCGUCAUCGGAUUUACCAAUUAACUCGCCAGUUAUGCAUAACUCCAUGACACUUGCUUUUGGCAAGAACGACAGUAACCAUACUCGUUCCAGGGAACAAGCCUCUUUCCUCGGCGCCACCAGCCCUACAGUACACCCUUGUUCUGCCGUUACUCGGUGGCCCCCCCUUGGUCUGGGGAAGCCAUUCGGAAUUCGCUACUGCCAGGGACUGCCGCUGCAACGCUGCUCCGUGUCGACCAUGGGCAGCCCGGCAUCGGAUGCUCCCUGGCCCACUCUCUCCGGAGAGGCCCCAUCUCCUCCCUGGCAUGAACCUGGCAUGCACGUUCGGGAUUUACCUAUCAUCUACCCAACCGUCAGGCAAAUCUCAUCACACAGGCUAGUCUGUGCGAAGGACUCCGGCCGACUUGGCGAUCUGAUCACCAACCAGUCCCUUCCAUGUUGACCACUCCGCGACGGAGCGAGCACCACCAUGGACGAUAUUUGCUCAUGGCCCGUCUUCAGCUAAAAACCCUACAGAGAUUCCCUUGACGACCAAAAAAAAGAAAGAUUCUUCACACUCACUCAUCUCAACGAGGCUUGGUACGUACAUCAUAUCAACCCGGCCUGCCCUCUUCCAAGCCCCAAACGAC